ACGAACUUGCAGAACCGCGAGCACGAGGAGGGCAGAAGUGACUGGUUGGGAUUCCGUCAGUCCAGCCGGAAUGGACUAGACCAGAUUUGAUGUUUUAUAUAUCCUGCAAAAUGGAAUGCAUUCUUUGAAAUCGGCCCAGGCGUCGUCUUGUUCGCUCGACAAUUCCAUUCGGAAUUUCCCACACUGGAAUACAGUUGACCCAUUGUGGGUGACGUCCCCACCCAGCCCAGCUUCUGAUCGCUCGACACACCUCACCCUACAUGAACCCGAUCUCGUCACCUGGUCGCACUCAACCCGGCAAACCAAACUGCUUCAAGGACAUGAGAUUGUGUCAGCUAGCCGUUUAACAGACGGCAGGCUGUGGGCAAAUGGCUGCAACACGUGCAACACCAUAAUCUUGAUUGCCUGUGGAGACAUCAAAAGUGACAAAUAGGGCACAAAAAACUCUGCCUCAGCACUCGUAGCCCACCAUGAUGGCCAUGCGGCUCUCACGCCAGCUGGGCGCCACAAUCUCACAACCCCUUUUACGACCCCGGCCCUGUCCACACCUCCAGUCAGGUGCCUCCCUCUUCCUCCGCCAUGGCCUCGUGCCGGCAGCAGCCACAUCCGCCUCCACGGGGCGGCGGCACAUACACCUCAUACAAGGCGCCGUCGAGACGGCCGAGUCGCUCAUCACCUCGCUACACACAAUCACCGGCACGCCCUGGUACGUCACGAUCCCGCUGGUCGCCAUGGCCGUGAACCUGACGCGUCUGCCCUUCACGGUGCACGCGCAACGCCUGGCCCUCCGCCGUGGCGGCCUGGCGCCGCUGCUGCACGCCUGGCUGUCCACCCACGCCGCCGCCGCCGCCGGCGGAAAGCGCGCGGAUGUCGACAAGAACCUCGCGAGGACCGAGAAGCGCAUCAUGCGCGAUCACGGGCUGCAGAAGUGGAAGUACGCCAGCAGCCUGCUCGCCUUCCCCGUCUGGCUCACCGCCAUCGAGGCCAUCCGGAGGCUGUGCGGCGGGCCCACGGGGCUUCUGGGGCAGAUGCUCUUCUCUGAGCCUGCAUUGGGCCUUGAAACUGCGAUCGAGGGCCUUUCGGGCGCGGCGGCUGCGGCCGGCGCCAGCUUUGACGCCUCGCUAGCCACCGGUGGGGCGCUCUGGUUUCCCGACCUGACGGUGGCGGACCCGUACCACGUGCUGCCCAUGCUCUUGUCCGCCGUCAUGUUUCACAACGUUAGGCCGAAGACCGCGGCGGGCCUUCGAGCUAUGAUUUCGCCCGAUAAAGCACACCCCUCUCUCAAAGGCUGGAGGGGAGCGCUGAGGAGGAGCGUCGUCCUGCUGGCUGUGUCGAUUGGCCCCAUCACUAUGGACAUGCCGGCCGCCUUGCAUCUGUACUGGCUGUGCUCGGCCAGUUUCGGUGCCAUAACCACAGAGCUCGUGAACUUGGCUAUUCCCCUUCCGAAACCAAUCUCGAGGUGCAAGGGCAAAGAUAGACUGUUGGUUAUGCCGCGCCGCGCAACCUGAAGCAGGCUCGUGGGCACAAGGUCUCACGCAUGUUCGGUCAGGGGUAAAGAAAAAAAAAAAAAGCUUUAGAGAAAUUGAAGGUGAAAAAUCAAAACGUUGAAAGAGAAAUCAGAACCUGGCCGCAUCGGUUGAACUAAACAAACUGGGCCCUAGGCACUACGUAAGAGCGCCUAGGUACCUGCAUAAUGCUAGCUGGUGUCCCCAAAAGGCCGUGAGAUAACGCUACAAC